AGCUAGGUGCGCAAUAUGGCUGCCUUGCUGCUCAAAGAGAAAAUUCAAGUCGAGACGAACCACGGACCAUGUGAAAUUCACUUAAAUUUUGGCAGUAUAACAAAACUCGAUAAAAAAGAUAAAGUUGACGUACUGGUUGUCUCAGCAUUCCCAGAUGACUAUAUUCCCACACCAACAUCUGUCAUCGGUGCCUUGCAAAGUGACUUAAAGAUAAGUGUAAGGAAACUAUCUAAGGAUAAAGAAGAGGAUCAUAGACGCUUAUUUUCAUGCUGGUGGUCUAAGCCUUUGGCAAAGAAGUACAGCUAUGGCAGAAUACUUUGCUUUGAGGGUAGUUUCAAGAAAAAUUCAAGACCUCCGAUGGUUGUAGGUGAAGUUUUCAGAUGUCUAAUCUCAAUGUGUAAGGAGAAGGACAUUAAAGUCAUUAUGCCACUUUUAGCUUCUGGAGAUCAGGGCUACAACCAAGAAAUGAUGCUUCGUCUAAUUGUUGAAGCAGCUGUCCAUUGGAUGAAAAUUGGUUUACCAUUAAAAGUUCUGAAAAUUGUUAUCUAUGAAAGAAAUCUAGGUGGAGUUGACAAACAUCCCUUGUUGUCAUACUUCAGAGAUCUAAAGGUUAAAUGGGGUGAGAUUAUGGCCAAAGAGAAUGAAGAAUCAAAGGUGCACCCAAUUGAGUAUGAUGUCUAUCUUUCAUACAAUAAUGCAGACCAGCAACUGGCAAAUGUAGUUACUGAAAACCUUAAAGAAACCAACAACUCCAUAAGAAUUUUUACCAAGCAUCAGACUCUCAAUCAGAAUGUUUCAUGGCAAGAAGAAAUUUACAAGGUCAUGGUGGCAAGUGCACGUGUAAUAACAAUACUGAGUCCAAGAUUCUUAGAUGAUGAAGCCUGUAUUGAACAAUAUAACAUUGCUCUUUGUUGCACCAGAAAUAUGAAGAGAGAUUACUUAGCACCCUUUUACACUGAUUCAAUUGAUGACAUGCCAACAUACAUGUGUCUUAUACAAUAUGUAGACUGCAGAACUGCGGAUCAAGAUAAAAUUUCGCAAGCUUGCAAGUCCCUCACAGAUUGGCUGCAAAUGCAUUUGGCAGAGAUAAAACAUUUGGAAUCAGAAACCCAAACUCUAAAAGUAGCGAAACCUUUUGUAAGAAAUGAAUAUGAUGUCUUUAUCUCCUAUUCCCACCAAAACUCAGACGUAGCCCAUGUAAUUCAGCGGUAUCUGUCCCGGUUUUAUCCAGAGUGGAACAUAUUCAUUGACAUAACAGAGUUGCAAACGGGCGUAGCAUGGCAAGUAAAACUGUACAAAAGUAUUGAGGCAUCUCGUUAUGUGAUUACGCUGUUGGCUCCGCCUUACUUGCAGUCAAAAGUUUGUCAAGAAGAAUACAACCUUGCGUCAGCAUUGCACUCAGACCCGGCAUACAGCACUAAAUUGAUUCCCAUUCUAGUGGAGCCAGUUGAACGACUUCCAGUAUGGUGUAGCAACUAUACCCCUAUUGACUGCAGAGACAUGUCUGACAGAACACAUGUCAGACUUAUGGAGAUUAUCCAAAAGAUCAAAUUGUUUGAAGAAUUUGAGCUUUUAGAAGAUCACAGGAUGUCAUCAGUUGAGCAAAUAACAUCAGACUGGCGGAUAGAGCAUACAUUACGUGGAUUGCAGUUCUUUGACGGUCUAGAUACUCGAGAUGUAUUCGACUUUACCGGAAGCGAGUUGUGGAGAACUGGACAGUCAAAUAGCACUGAUAUUAUGUUGUGCUACCACGAUUUGGAUGCGUCACAUGGCGAGUUUUUAGCAGAGCGUUUGCAGCAUUACCUUCCUGGGGUCAAUCUCUCGAUACCAGAGAAAUCUAAGGUUCGACACAACUUGCUUGACGAUGCAACUAUCAUCGUCCCACUGAUGUCAGGAUGCUUUGUUAAAUCUGCAGAACUCUCAGAAGAACUCAACACUGCUCUUUGCAGGCAACGUUUUUCCAACAGACUGGUUCUCUUUCCUAUAGGUUUGGAACCACUUCCGUUGACUCCGGCCUACUCUCGAUUGAUAUGGUCAGUUGUUUCUUGUAAUGACAGAAUAUGGAAGAAUCCUGGACUUUUUCGCCCGGAAAAAGAUUUUAAAGUGGCCUAUGCGGGAAAUAAGUUCUGUUUAGACUUUUCAGCUCGUUUUAUCGCCUUCAUCCUUACACACCCAGUACUUUUUCAAGGCUCUUUUAAAACACUUCUUAGCACUGAGGAGCUUCUUGACUCAACUUUGACUUUCAGAGCAAACCGACAGGUUGACCCAGCGAGUAACAAUCCUCUCUAUUUCGAUAAAGCAAGAGCUGGACAUAUGGUUUCAGAGGAAAUUUUGACGCCAAAAAAACUCUGUCAUGUAAACAGCGUAGAAGAGUUUUCAAGCACCCUCAAGGACGAUGAUACACAAAAGGAGAAAACGCUUCCGAAUUUACCGCAACAAGAUUCAAGCUCUAUAACACCAUCUCUUGCAAACUCUGCUAUAAGCUGCAUUUCACCAGCUGCUGACCCACCAAAGAGUCCAACAAAACUUCCGAAACAAGCCUCUGAAAAUGAAGACGCUCCUGACCUCUCUACUGACGAAAGUGGUAGCACCAAUGAAGACGUACAAAAGGUACGAAAAGAGGUCCCAGCCCCAUUAGAUUGCAGAGCACCUUUGCCGGAAAGCGAAUUGAAACCAGAUGAGCCCAAAGGAGAUGAAAGAGGUAAGAAAGAUAUAGGUUUAUUAAAACAACAACGCGACAAGCAUCUGAAAAGCAAGUUGUGCUCUAUGUCAUAAGCAUUGAGCCAGGUAUCGUGAAGCCGUACAGAUGUCUUACGAACCGAAAGAGUGUGCAUCUAAAAUUCCUCACAGGAAAUCUAUGUAUUUCUCUUUGAAAAUGGUGAAGAAUUGGAUUAGAGAAGAUUGAAGAAUCUACAGGAUCAGUUAUCAGCUCCACACUAUUUCCACUUCCCUUUUCCUAGUGAAAAUGAUUUUUGUACAUGUUACACUUAGUUACUACUGCGGCGCACAUUUGCCUUCUCGAUGUCUCUUUUUUAAUGCCUCCUUCCGUUUCUUUCAAUUUGGUCCGCCUUUUAUAUAAGCCCCACAAAGAAAGGAUAAUUGACUUUUCCAAAGUCUGUUUGAUAUAUAACGCAAAAUUUUUUUUCGUUUAAUGACAAAACCAUUUAUUUGCUUGCACAUUCAUCACAAACAUGUAAAUGCUACAUUAAUACAUAUUUUGACCAUCAUUCUUUUGUUGAAAACAUUUUGCAAUCUUAAAGCUGUUGAAUUAAAAAUGUUAAAUAGGAUUUUAGUUUUCAGAAAUGAGGCAGUUAAAUUUGUUACUGAUCAUGGCGUUUAAUCUUACAUGACAGUUGUAGCUAGACAUCUGUUUAAACAUAAGAUAUGGCUCAUAUAAAUCGUUGAUAACGUUAAAUAUUUAACAUUAGUCGUUUUCUUUUAAAGGUGUUGCAUAAAAUACGGUAGCAUAAUAGCUAAUCAAUUCUGUUGAAAAUUUUAAUCAGUGUUUUCAGCUGAUUAAAAUGUAUAAAAUUAGCCAGAGCCAAAAAUGUGCACUAACAUUUGAUGAUGAACAUAUUGCAUAUCAAAGUAACAUUGAGCAAAGCUCGUAUUAAAGAAAGAAGAUGUAAAUAAAUUUUGAUUUUUCUCCAUUCAUAACAUUUUGUCUGAGGAUAAUUUUCCACGCUGAAUGUCGAAAAAGAAUCAUAUGGGUUUGAAAAUGCUGAAAUGUUGAAUGUUGAAAAUGCUCAGAGAAUAUGAGUGGCAUUUGUUUUUAAUAUGCUUGGCAUAUCAAAGCGUAACCUCUAUUUCGUAGUGGAUAAAUGCCACUUAAGGGCCUUGAUUUCAGUUCAGUUUGAUAUUCAAGCAAACAUGUCCAUGAUCCUGAACGAUUUUUUAUGAUGGGAAGCUUUUUGUUCUAAGAGACCCCUAUGUCCAGGGUUGGAUACCAAAAUGUUUGCAGAUUGCAAUGCUAGUCUAAUUUUACCAUGCGGUAAAUCAUUGGACUUGUUAAAUCCGACUUUUGGUAUUAAAACUGAAAGCAUCUAUACCAAAUUUUUUCCGAGUUAUGAAAUAUCCGACUUAUGCGUUCAACUCUAUUUAAAUCAAGCUCGAUCAAGGUAAUGUUACUAAAGAUAAACAAUAAACUAAUUGUAACAAAUCCUAUAAAGUACUUACCACAGAGAUUUCAAACUUAAAAAGUAAACUGCAUAACAGGAUAUUACUAAAUUGUUGAAACUGGCUUCUCAAAGUACAGGGUUUGUCGAUUUGAGUAAUUUUGCUUUAAAUUGUUUAUUGUGAUGAUCAAUAUCCUACGAAUAUUUGUCUUGUUGUUUUAUUUAAUACGCAUACACAUUUUAAAUUUUUGAAAGUUAAAGCAAGACUCUGACUUUGAUCCUAUAUU